AUGUCGGGUGGUGCACCUCUCCCGCCUUCGCAGAUGCCGCUGCAGAAGGUUCACGAAGUACAGUUUGAGGUGUUCAAGGAGUCGCAGAUUAAGGCCUACGCCAAGUGCAUCGUUGAGCAUGCCAAAUCCUACGAACACGGUCAGCCGGUGCGUGGUGGCAUCAACGACCUGCGCAUGGGCACAACAGACUUCGAGUACAGCUGUGAGACCUGCGGGCUAAAGCACCCGGAAUGCCCUGGUCACUUUGGCUACGUGGAGCUGGCCGAGCCGAUCUUUAACAUCAAUGUAUUCGACAUCGUGCUGAUAGCCCUUAAGUGUGUCUGCAAGUACUGCGGCGCGCUGCUGAUGGACACAAACGACCCGUCAGAGCUGAAGAAGAUUGCCCACCUGCAGGGCCUCAACCGCCUGCGCAUGGUUGCCAAGCUCUGCGGCAGUGUGUGCAAGCGCAGCAAGGACAUUCAGGGCUGUGAGGGCAAGGGACGUCAGCCGCGCAUCGGCCGCUUUGCCGGUAUCUACCCGGGCCUGCAGAUCAAGGUUACUCAGGAGGAGCAGGAUUAUGUGUGGCACGCCGAUAACGCGUGGCAGGUGCUGGACCGUGUGUCAGACAGCGACGCCCUAAUCAUGGGCUUCGACCCGCGCUGCUGCCACCCGCGCGACUUGAUUCUCACGGUACUGCCCAUCCCCCCACCGCAAGUCCGCCCUGCCGUCUCCUUCGGCUCAGCCAAGUCGGAUGAUGAGCUCACCCACCAAAUCAUGUCCAUUGUGAAGCGCAACAUUCAGCUGCGCAAAGACAAGGAGUCCGGCGUCAAGGCAGCCGUGGAUCGCUCGCGCGCGCUUUUGCAGGAGCACGUUGCUACGUUCUUCAACAACGCCUCCACCUUUUACAAGCCCGCCAAGGUGGGUGACACGAAGAAGCUCAAGUCUCUCACGGAGCGGCUGAAGGGGAAGUACGGCCGGCUGCGUGGCAAUUUGAUGGGCAAACGCGUCGACUUCUCGGCCCGUACAGUCAUCACCGGCGACCCCAACAUCGACGUCGACGAGGUCGGUGUGCCGUUCUCUGUCGCCAUGACGCUGACCUUCCCGGAGCGGGUAAACGUGAUCAACAAAAAGCGUCUCACGGAUUUUGUGCAGCGCGUCACGUACCCCUCGGCCAACUACGUCAUCCGGCCGAAUGGCAACGUGACAAAGUUGGCCCUCGUGAAGGAUCGCAGUGCCGUCAACCUCGACGUCGGCGACGUUGUCGAGCGCCACAUCAUCGAUGGCGACGUCGUGCUUUUCAACCGGCAGCCGACGCUGCACCGCAUGAGUAUGAUGGGGCACCGCGUCCGCGUGCUCAACUACAACACUUUCCGCCUUAACCUGUCCUGCACAACACCGUACAACGCCGACUUUGACGGUGAUGAGAUGAACCUGCAUGUUCCGCAGUCGCUCUUGACUAAGGCGGAGCUGAUUGAGAUGAUGAUGGUACCGAAGAACUUCGUGUCGCCGAACAAGUCAGCGCCGUGUAUGGGCAUCGUGCAAGACAGCCUGCUCGGCAGCUACCGUCUCACCGACAAGGACACGUUUGUCGACAAGUACUUCAUUCAGAGCGUUGCCCUCUGGUUGGAUCUGUGGGAGCUGCCGAUCCCGGCCAUCCUGAAGCCGCGCCCGCUCUGGACCGGAAAGCAGAUCUUCUCGCUGAUCCUGCCGGAGGUUAACCACCCCGCCUCGCCGUACGACAAGCCACCCUUCCCGCACAACGACAAGAAGAUCAUGAUCCAACGUGGGCAACUCCUGGUGGGCUCCAUCACGAAGGGCGUCGUCGGCGCCGCGCCGGGGUCUCUUAUUCACGUCAUCUUCAACGAACGCGGCUCCGAUGAGGUGGCCAAGUUCAUCAACGGCGUCCAGCGGGUCACAACGUACUUCAACUACUGCUUUGCCUUCUCGGUUGGUGUGCAAGACACCGUGGCUGAUGCGACAACACUCAAGGAGAUGAACAAUGUACUCCACAAGACCCGCCAGUCUGUCGAGAAGAUCGGCGCCGCGGCGAACAACGGCAAGCUGACCCGCAAGGCUGGCAUGUCGCUGUUGCAGUCCUUCGAGGCGGAUGUGAAUAGUGCCCUGAACAAGUGCCGUGAGGAGGCGGCGAAGAAGGCGCUGAGUAACGUGCGCCGCACGAACAGCUUUAAGGUGAUGAUCGAGGCCGGCAGCAAAGGGAGUGACCUAAAUAUUUGCCAAAUCGCUGUGUUUGUCGGACAGCAAAACGUCGCGGGCAGUCGCAUCCCUUUCGGCUUCCGCCGCCGCACGCUGCCACACUUCAUGUUGGACGACUACGGUGAGACCUCGCGGGGCAUGGCGACGCGCGGGUACGUGGAGGGACUGCAACCGCACGAGUUUUACUUCCACACCAUGGCAGGGCGUGAAGGGCUUAUCGACACAGCCGUCAAGACGUCCGAUACAGGAUACUUGCAGCGCAAGCUUGUGAAGGCGCUGGAGGACGUGCACGCCUCGUACGACGGCACGGUGCGGAAUGCGAACCAGGAGCUCAUCCAGUUGGUGUACGGCGAGGACGGCCUGGACGGUGCCCGCAUUGAGGGCAACCAGGCCUUCCCGAUCCCGCACAUGACCAACUGUGAGCUUGUCGACAAGUACCGCUACGAGUACAACGACGAGGGUAGCUUCUCGGAGAACAUGGGCGGCCAUUACAUGGAUCCGUUUGUACGUGACUCGCUGCUACGCGACCCGCAGAGCGUGCUGAAGCUGCAAGAGGAGUUCGACCAACUGGUGAAGGAUCGCGCGAUGUCGCGCCUCGUUAUCGACAUGGAAGACAAGAACAAGCUCAAGAUGAACCUCCCCGUGAACGUAGCGCGGCUCAUCCAGAACGCGCGCACGACGAUGGGUAAGCGCAGCCAGGUGUCCAACCUAAACCCGAUCACUGUGAUCAACCGCGUGCGGGAGCUGCAGGAGGACCUCGUGCAGUUGUUUCCCUCUUACCACAAAGACUACAACGGUCGCUUCGUUAAUGUGCUGAGCCAGCAGCGUGUGGAGCGGGCCCUGACGCUCUUCGGCAUUCACCUGCGCCAGGUCCUCGGCUCGAAGCGGGUGCUGAAGGAGUACAAGCUGAACGACAAGGCGUUCGAGUACUUGCUAAAGGAAAUCCGCACCAAGUACCAGCAGUCCCUCAUCACCCCUGGUGAGAUCAUCGGCGCCAUUGCCGCGCAGUCGUGCGGGGAGCCAGCGACGCAGAUGACACUGAACACGUUCCACAAUGCUGGCAUUUCAUCCAAGAACGUGACCCUCGGCGUGCCGCGACUGCUGGAGCUGUUGAAUGUGAGCAAAAACCAGCGCAACGCCAGUGUGGCCGUCUGUCUAAUUCGAGAGUACCAAAAACGCAACAAAGCUCAGGAGGCACAGCAGUUCAUUGAGUACUGUACGCUGGCGAACAUCACGACGACGGUGCAGAUCAUCUAUGACCCCAACCCCCGCAACACCGUCGUUGCCGAGGACGAGGAGAUGAUCCGGUGGGAGCAGGCGGUGAUGAAUGAGGAAGAAGAGGAGCAGGAUGUGGAGCAGCCACCGUCCCCCUUCAUUGCACGACUUAUCCUUGACAGCGACCUCUUCAAUGACAAGCGACUUAACAUGAAAGAUGUGAAGAGCGCGAUCCGGCAGGUGGACGACACCUACACGGUGCAGGCGAACAUGGAGAACGACGGGCAGCGCAUUGUGCGGCUGCGUCCGCGCAAGUGUACCGGGGCAGACUCCGUCCCGGCGCUCACGAAGGCGGUCGCGCAGCUGCUGCAGAGCGUUCACCUACGCGGUAUCCCUGGCAUCAAGAAGACACUGCUGAAGGAGGGCAACACAUUCCGCGUUGACCCCGAGACGGGUGGAAUGAAGAACGAGUCGAGUUGGAUGGUGGACACCGAGGGCACGGCGCUGCAGCGCAUCUUCGUCGGCGUGGUGAACAACGAGGGCAAAAACAUCAUUGAUUUUGUCAAGACCAGCAGCAACAAAAUCCCUGAGGUGGUGUCCGUGCUGGGCAUCGAGGCGGCGCGGCGCAAGUUGCUUUUUGAGCUGCGCGAGGCGUAUCUCGCCUAUGGGCUGAACAUCAACUAUCGUCACUACACCAUCCUCGUUGACACCAUGUGCCAGCGUGGUUACCUGAUGGCCGUUAGCCGUACUGGGAUUAACCGCAGCGAGACAUCUGGGCCGCUGAUGCGGUGCUCCUUCGAGGAAACAGUGAAGGUGCUCAUGACAGCGGCCGCGUUUGGUGAGAAGGAUCCGGUACGCGGCGUCUCUGCAAACCUCGUGCUCGGCAACCAGGCCCGUAUCGGCACUGGCUUGUUUGACCUGAUGCUGGACAUGAGCAAGCUGCAGCAUGUGGUGCCACUCGAUAAGGCCACUGAGGCUCGAACCUCGAACGUGUACCACACCGACACAUCUGUCGCACCAGGCUCCUCGACACUGCAGGGGCCUUACGGUGAGCUGCCGCCGUCAACUGUGCACGAGAACAGCUCUCUUGCAGCCGGGACGUCCUCCGUAUACCCACCCCACAGGGGAGCUGGCCUGUACGGCGGCAUCCCGAUCGAGGCGAGCGCAGUGCAGUUUAGCAGUAUCCUGCCAACGACGAUGGGAGCUGCCUUGGUCGCCUCGAACACAAGCGAGUACCAGAGCAGCCACCAUCUGUCUGGUGCCUCGACGUACUUAGCAUCGUCGGCGUUGCCAAGCACGAGCGCGCUUGAUACCGAACUGUCCUCAUACCACCUGCAGUCCGCUGCCAACUCUACUGCUUACGGUUACGCGCCCAUGGUAGCCCCUAGGAUACCCAUGCCUGGUGGUGCUCAACUACCCGUCGGUGAGGGUGGCAGCAUUUCAUACCCAUACGAGGCGUCAAACGGCGAUCUCUUCGGCUCCCUCGGCGGCGCAGCCAGCUCACGGGCGAGUGCACCCUACGACCCCACUCAGCAGCUGUCUCAGGAGUUCUCACCCACCGAGGAGCAGGAGGAGCAGUGA